AUGGAUUCAAGCUCUAAUGUGGUCAAAAGGCGGAGAUCAAGCACCGAUGAAGAAGGAAAGAUGGUAGAAUCCGGGGACCCUAACGAAUCCAGUAACCAUUCUAGACUCUCAAAGUCCUGCAAUGGUUGUAGGGCCCGGAAAGUAAGGUGUAAUGGAGAGAAACCUUCAUGUUCUUACUGCUUGAAAACUGGUAUCACUUGCGUGUUUUCUCCUUUAAGGAAACCUGGUCUCAAGAGGGGCUACGGUAAGCAGUUUGAUCAAAGGCUAGAUUCAGUUGAGGAGCAGUUGAAAACUUUUGGCGAUGAGAUAAAGAUGAUGAAAUUUCACCUUGGUGAAGCUCAUUCUUCUAACGGAGAGCUUUUGUUGAUAAAGGAUAAGGUUAGCAUUCUCGAGUCAAUGACCAACUCUCUCAACCAACAGAUGAAUACUCAUCUGAACCAACAGCAAUUGCGUUCAACGCCAGAACAACCUAACGAAUAUUAUCCACUGCGUCAACAACUGCAAGUAUCACAAAAAAAUAAGCCGCCGAAGAGUCUUGGACCGGAUUGUUACAUGCCUCUAAAGGUAGCUGACCAAAAUUAUAAUUCUACUCCACACUCCAGAGUUUCAGAUUCACGGAAUGUUAUCUUGAACAGUUACGAUCCUUUGAUGCCCAACGUACCUCCAGUCAAGAUUGUUCUUGAUCUGUACUUCAAAAAAAUUCACCCUUCGUUUCCUGUUUUGCACGAAGAGUCCAUCACUGCCACUGUUCUCAAUAAAAGCAAGACUGUUCCUCCAAUUUAUUACGCUAUCGUCCUUUUAUGUCUACGAUUUAUGAACGUUACGAAAAAAGAGGAAGCAUCAUACAACACCUACUGUAAGGAGAAGGUCAUAAUGAGCUCUCUUUCUGUCUCAACAAUCCCACAACUGCAGGCGAUGCUCCUGUUGGCCUACAGUUCUUUCGGUACUUUAAACAAUCCAGAGACUUGGUCGUACAUUUCUGUUAUCAGCGCUGGUGCUGUUCACUUGAAUUUGCUUAAAGAAAUUCCAAACUCCCAGCAACUACAAUUCUUCGAGAGUAAGGUAAGAAGGCGGUCCACCACAAGUUCUGACCUGAGAGACGAAGGUGCCAGAUCGGUAGGAUCAAACUCUAACUAUGGCCAGCCGACUCCCAGCGACCAUGGGGGUGUCAGAAAACCCUUGAAGCCAAAAUCGAUCUCUACCAAGAGUGCCAAGUUACUUCGUCGCCCUGAUAAUUGGUUGGAAGAGGAAUCUAGAAGACGUCUAUUUUGGGGCAUCUACAUGCUAGACAUUUUUUCCGCUGUAUCCAAUUCUUUCCCUUUGAAAGUGCCCUCAAAUGAAAUAACUGUUAUGCUUCCCGUAAAAGCAGAGUUGUGGAAUUGGAAUCCGGUUUCCUCUCAGCACUCCAGUCCGUCCGGGAUCUACUUGGAUAAGAGAUCACCCCAAUCAGCAGAACCGGUGCAUGAUUUGUUAAACGAUGAAUUGUAUGACUCUUUUGGAUAUUAUAUUGAGCUCCUUCAUCUUUUAGGUGAAAUUCACACCUUUUUGCGUAUUCCAGUGGAUAUUUAUGUUGCUUCAGAAGUACUCAAAUUUCAGAACAAAUUCCUUCUGCUAUAUAACAAGCUGAUGAAAUGGAAGUCAUCUAUUCCAGAGAGAAUCCAAAAUUUACUGAAUAAUUCCACACCUUGGAAUGAUAUGACUCCUAUGGAUUUCAACCUGGCUGCUUUGUACAUUACAACUUCUGUCAGAUUAAACUCUGCAGUAGGAUACCCUCAUGCUGAAUCAGACUUCUUAAGCUCCUCCAAAAUUGCCAAAGAACGAUGUAUAAACCAUGUUAAUGAGUUUCUCAGUCUCACAGCCUUGGUUGAGGGUUCACCGUUGUUUCAAGACAAAUCAACAGGUUCCUGCGAGGAUGCCUACCGAGUGCUAGGUCCGUGCUAUACGUUCACAUGCUGGGUCUGCAGUCGUGUGUUGAUGGUCAACUGUAUCUACAACCAAACUCCCUUUCCCAAAGAGCUGGACUUGUUAGUGGAGAAGCUUCUAAGGUUUGGAAAGUACUGGCAUUAUGCUACCAAAUACGGAAUCAUCAUUAAAUUCUUGAUGGGUGAUCAAGUAAACCUUCAGAAAGACCGAAUGGAAAACGCAAGCGUACUAAAGACGGAAGGAAAUGAUGAUUCUGAUUCAGAGGACUUGUCGAACAAUUACAAGAUAUUCUCUGAUAUGCGAUACAAUGCGUACAUUCUAGAUUCCAUCUUCAGCAAGAAAAUUGAUUCCCUUAGGAAUUCUACUGGUAUGGGUGAAACCACUGCUUCUGCCGAAGAGACUGGUGGUAACACUGAUAAUCAGCAGCAACAGCCGUCCCUAUUUGGAAACACAUCCAACAAUAAUAUUAACAAUAAUGAUAACAAUGAAGAAGCAACUGAAUUCAAUAACUUUUCAGGAACUGGAAAACUGGGCGUGAACGAUAAGGUUGAAAGUCUUGAUAACAUAUUUCAAUGGUUCAAGUUUCCUGUGGGCGUUUCUGAAGCUACCUCAAAUGUUACUAGGCCACAAUACUCUGUUAUGCCACAGCAAGUUAAUCCCCAGCAUGAGUUACUUCAUGGUGAACAUAAGAGUGUUGCAAACACACCUAAAGAUAGAUCAAAUAGAGCAAGUCCCGCUUUUAUUACAUCCAACGGUGAUACUCUCUUAUUCCGGAACUUGAACAUGUUAGAUCAAGUACCUGAAACAGAGUUCAAUUCGGUUUUGGAAUCCAACGAUCCAUCCCAGGAUUGGUUACAUAAUGCUCUGAACUUCUCCUACAGGAACAACUAA